UUUGAAAAAAUUUUGCCAGGAAUGAUUGAUUUGGUUCUCAAUUCCGAGUUCAUAUGCACUAAGCCCAUCCCAUUGUUGAGAAGAUUGAAGAGUGCCAGUGUUUCCAUGUCUCAGCAUCAAGCGUCCUGCUUGCUGGCCAAUGCUUUCUUCUGCACGUUUCCAUCCUCCAACGGACAUUACUUUCCUGAAAUCAAUUUUUUUGGGUACUUUAUCUAUCGAAGGUUGAGUCAGUCAUCGAAGUUGCACUGCAUCGUGAACUACUUCAGCAGAGUUGUCAGGCAGGAGGCUGGUGAUGGCGUGUUGACAUUCACUCGUCAGGUGUUGGACGACCCCCCAUCAAUUGAUUUCUGGAAAAAUUCAACGAGCCCACUGCGAGAUAUGUUGGUGUCCAGUGAAGGAUUGAUUGAAAAGGACGGAGAGGGCAUGCUCCAGGUCGACUUUGCAAACAAAUACUUGGGUGGAGGAGUUUUGAGGACUGGCUGCGUUCAAGAAGAAAUAAGAUUCAUAACAUGUCCUGAAGCCAUCGUCUCCUGCUUGCUUACUGAAUGUCUCCUGCCUAACGAGUGUCUGAUCAUUAAGGGAAUUGAAACUUAUUCAUCGUUUACGGGCUAUGCGCAGUCUUUCAGAUUUCAUGAAGAUUUUGUCGACUGCACUCCACGUGAUUCUUGGCGAAGAAGAGAAAAGGAGCUGGUGGCGAUAGACGCCCUACCAUUCAGAAAACCUGCAGAUCAGUUCGACGAAAAUCUCAUACUGAGAGAGCUUAAUAAAUCAUAUUGUGGAUUCAUGUGCACUGCCAGCAACUAUCUGGCUCCUGUGGCUACUGGGAAAUGGGGGUGUGGAGCAUUUAGAGGAAAUCCUGAAUUAAAAGCACUGAUUCAGUUGAUGUCAGCGUCAGAGUGCGGAAGAGACAUGUUCUUUCUAACGUUUGGUGAUGCUAAUUUAGCAGAAAGUUUACAUCACGUUCACCAGUUACUCGUGGCACAUAACAAGACCGUAGGUGAG